AUGCCCGCCGCAUCCUCAGGCUUACAGCCUGCGGCCGCUCGUCUUCUAGACGCCCUCCUCAAACAGUCAACCGGCGUGCAGGCGGCCAGAAAUGAGCUUCGAUGGAUGCAGGAAGCUCUCAAGCAGUCACCUGCGACUGUCUCGGGCUCUACCGACAUCGAGAGUAUGCUUCACCGGCGAGUCACAGGUGAACCGCUGCAGUAUAUCCUAGGGACUCAACCGUUCGGACCGCUCAAUCUCCUCACGCGCCCUCCAGUCUUAAUCCCGCGUCCAGAGACUGAGGACUGGACCAUCCGACUAUCAGAACGUCUUCGCUCGUUUGGCAAGGCGCCGAUCUCUCUGCUAGACCUCUGCACGGGUUCGGGCUGCAUUCCCAUCCUGCUCUGCCACCUGCUUCCGGGCGGCUCCCUCCAUGCGACAGGCGUAGAUCUCUCCCAGGCUGCGGUUCAACUAGCGCGAGACAAUUCGGAGGUGUGCAACGUUACCAUCCCACCCGAGGGUCCUGUGCUUCCCGAGCAAUGCGGGGACUGGACGUGCAACACGUUCUUGCCUCUCUUAGGGAACAUACGCGACCCCGCGUUCGUGGCCGCGUGUGGUUUGCGCCCGCCCUACGACGUGAUCACAUCAAAUCCGCCGUACAUCACGAAGGACGAUUAUGACAAGCUGUCACCAUCUGUGAAAGACUGGGAGGACCCGCGUGCGCUGAUCGGCGACCCCGAGGGGGAGGCUACGCACGAAGACGCUCGAGGGCUGACAUUCUAUCACACGAUUGCCGACUUGCUCGCGACGGCUUCUCGUGGUUUGCUGAAGGCUGACGGUCUCGUCGCUCUUGAGGUCGGAGAGGGUCAAGCGAACGCCGUCGCGGAGAUCUUGGAACAGAAAGCUCACAUGAAGGAUAUCGAGAUUUGGAAAGACCCUUGGGACAAGGAGCGCGUAGUGGUUGGCAAGAACUAG